AUGUCAAAAGCAAGUUUAACUCCUACACCAACCUUUGCACAAUCUGUGGAUAGUCCAACAAAUGUCAAUCCCCCACUUCCACCACUGAAUAACUUAAAAAGAAAAGAUGCAGCUCGGUCUAAUGUGUGGGAACAUUUUGAUAAGUUAAAGAAGGAAGAAGGUACAAAUGAUGAUGAACCUAGGUGCAUAUGUAAGUAUUGUAAGCAAGAUUACGGAUUUGACUCCCGUAAUGGUACUUCUUCCUUAUGGUAUUAUUUAAAUACUACAUGUAGGACAUCUCCACUUAGAGAUGUCAAAAGUCAAAAAAUCUUAUCAUUUGUCAAGGAGGAUAAGGGUAGUAUAGUGAGUUGGUCCUUUAGUAAGGAGAGAUCUAGACUUGCAUGUGCCCGGAUGAUUAUUCGUGAUGAGCUUCCAUUUAGCCAUAUAGAGAAUGUGGGGUUUAGAGAUUUUAUGCAAGAAGUCCAACCAAAGUUUGAUCCAUCAUCUCGUAGGACAAUUGCUAGAGAUAUGUGGAAUCUUUUUCAAUUAGAGAAGGGUAAAUUCAAGAGUGUGUUAAGUCACCCAUCACAUAAGGUGUCUAUUACCACCGACACAUGGACAUCUCUUCAAAAGAUAAAUUAUAUGGUGGUUACGGCUCACUUUAUUGAUGUUGAUUGGCACUUGCACAAGAGGAUUAUAAGCUUUUGUGUCAUUCCAAACCAUAAGGGUGAAACUAUUCGAAAGCUUUUGGAUUAUUGUUUGAAUGAUUGGGGUAUAGAUAAAGUGUUUACUAUUACUGUUGAUAAUGCUACUCUUAAUGAUAAAAUGAUAAGUUAUAUGAAAGGUAGGUUGACCAAGAGCAAGACACUUAUGUUUGGUGGUGAUUGUUUGCAUGUGCGAUGUUGUGCACAUAUUUUGAAUUUAAUUGUGUUUGAAGGGAUUAAAGAAUUGGAUAACUCCAUUAUGGCUAUUACUAAUUCGGUGCGGUACAUCCAUUCUUCUCCCGCAAGGUUGGAGAGUUGGAGAAGAUGUGUUGCUUUUGAGAAACUUGAUAUCAAAGGGCUUGUGCCCUUAGAUGUGUGUACAAGAUGGAAUUCCACCUAUUUAUUGUUGGAAGGGGCAUUGAAGUAUCAAAGAGCUUUUGAAAGGAUGUUGGAGGAUGAUGGAGACCCACACUUUGUGGGUUAUUUUAUGGACGAUGAUGUUGAGAAUAAGAAAAAAAGAGUAGGGCCUCCUACCUCAAAUGAUUGGGAUUGUGCUAGAGUCUUGAUCAAGUUCUUAAAGUUGUAUUAUGAAGCCACUUUGAAAUUUAGUAGGUCAAUGGUAGUGACUUCUCACCAAGCUUUCCAUCAAAUGUGUGCUAUUUUUGUUCAAUUGCAAAAGUUUUGUAGAAGUGAGGAUUCUCUCAUAAAAAGCGUAGCAACAUCAAUGAAAGUUUGA